GCCAACCCCAGCCCCAUGGCGGCGGCCGAGGUGGCCACCAUGGAGCAGCAGAACAACAACUGGGAAGGGCCCGAGCCCCGGGGCUGGGACGACCCCAAGCUCUUCGAGUGCUCCCGCAUCAAGGCUUUGGCCGAGGAGCGGGACGCGGUGCAGAAGAAGACCUUCACCAAGUGGGUGAACGCCCACCUGGCCCGUGUCUCCUGCCGCAUCGGGGACCUCUACGCCGACCUGCGCGAUGGCUACGUCCUCACCCGCCUGCUGGAGGUGCUCUCCGGGGAGCAACUGCCCAAGCCAACACGGGGCCGGAUGCGGAUCCACUCCUUGGAGAACGUGGACAAGGCAUUGCAGUUCCUCAAGGAGCAACGGGUCCACCUGGAGAACGUGGGCUCCCACGACAUCGUGGAUGGCAACCACCGUCUCACCCUCGGCCUCAUCUGGACCAUCAUCCUCCGCUUCCAGAUCCAGGUGAUCAAGAUCAAGACCGAAGACAACCGGGAGACGCGUUCGGCCAAGGACGCUCUUCUGCUCUGGUGCCAGAUGAAGACGGCGGGCUACCCCGAGGUGAACAUCCAGAACUUCACCACCAGCUGGAGGGAUGGGUUGGCCUUCAACGCGCUCAUCCACAAGCACAGGCCGGACCUCAUCGACUUCCACAAGUUGACCAAGUCCAACGCGACCUACAACCUUCAACAAGCCUUCAACACGGCCGAGCAGCAGUUGGGGCUCAGCAAGCUGCUGGACCCCGAAGAUGUCAACAUGGAGGACCCCGAUGAGAAGUCCAUCAUCACCUACGUGGUGUCCUUCUACCACUACUUCUCCAAGAUGAAGGCGCUGGCGGUGGAGGGGAAGCGCAUUGGGAAGGUUCUGGAUCAAGCCAUGGAGAUCGAGGCCAUCAUCGAGCGGUACGAGGCGCUGGCUGCCGAGCUGCUGGCCUGGAUCCAGCACACCAUCGCCAUCAUCGGCAACCAGAAGUUCGCCAACUCCCUCACCGGGGUCCAGCAGCAGCUCCAAGCCUUCACCGCCUUCUGCACCCUGGAGAAACCUGUCAAGUUCCAGGAGAAGGGGAACCUGGAGGUCCUGCUCUUCACCAUCCAGAGCAAACUCCGGGCCAACAACCGCAAACUCUAUGUCCCCAGCGAGGGCAAGAGCAUCUCCGACAUCAACAAGGCUUGGACCUGCUUGGAGAAGGCAGAGCAUGAACGGGAGGUGGCGUUGCGCAACGAGUUGAUCCGGCAGGAGAAGCUGGAGCUGUUGGCCCAACGUUUUGACCACAAGGCCGUCAUGAGAGAGACGUGGCUGAACGAGAACCAACGCCUGGUCUCCCAGGACAACUUUGGCUACGACCUGCCGGCGGUGGAGGCCGCCAUGAAGAAGCACGAGGCCAUCGAGGCCGACAUCUCCUCCUACCAAGAGCGCAUCCAAGUGGUGGUGGAGCUGGCCCUGGAGAUGGAGUCCGAGGGCUACUAUGACACCAAACGCAUCAGCGCCCAGAAGGACAACAUCCUGCGGCAGUGGGGGCUCUUGACCGAACUGGUCUGCGCCCGCCGUGCCCGUCUGGAGCAGAACUUAGCCCUACAGAAGAUCUUCCAGGAGAUGGUCUAUAUGAUUGACUGGAUGGAGGAGAUGCAGGUGUUGCUGGUCUCCAAGGAUUUGGGGAAGCAUCUUCUGGAGGUUGAGGACCUGCUGCAGAAGCACGGGCUGCUGGAGGCCGAUAUCUCCGCCCAGACUGAGCGGGUGCAGGCCCUCAACGCCGCUGCGCUCAAGUUCUCCGAGCUGGAGGGCUACCAACCCUGUGACCCCCAGAUCAUCUGCAACCGGGUCAACCACGUCCAGACCUGCCUGGAGGAACUGGGGGAACUGGCGGGCAAGAGACGCAAGGAACUGGAGGACUCUCGCCAGCUCUGGGCCUUCUUCCAGGAGAUGGAGGAGGCCGAGGCAUGGAUCCGUGAGAAGGAGCAGAUCUUGGCCGCCAAGACGUGCGGCCGGGACCUGAGCAGCGUCUUGACCUUGACCAACAAGCACAAGAGCAUGCUGGGCGAACUGGGCAGCCGCCGGGCGCUCUUGCACCAGACCAUGAAGAGGGGCGAGCAGAUCUUGGCCAAGAAACGCUUCAGCCCUGGUGGGAUCCAGGAGAAGAUGCGGGAGGUCCGCCUCCGCUGGAAGAAGCUGGAGGAGGUGACGGGGUUGCACCAACAGCGGUUGCAGGAGGCCCUCAACUUCUUCCAGUUCAGCGCCGAGACGGACGACUUGGUGGCCUGGUUGCAGGACACCUACCGCAUCGUCUCCAGCGAUGACUUUGGCCACGAUGACUAUUCCACCCAAGCUCUUCUGCGGAAGCACCGGGCGGUGGUGGAAGAGGUGGAGAAGCACCGGGCGGCCGUCUUGGCCCUUCGGAAGCAGUUGGCUCUUCUGGCACCCGAACACCGUCAAGGGGUUGACGUGCAGAUCCGGGUGGUGGAGGUGGAGCAGCUCUACGGGGAGGUGGCCGAGGUGGCCGUCCUACGGCAGCAGUGGUUGCAGGACGCCUUGGCCGUCUACCGUAUGUUCAGCGAGGUCCAUGCCUGCGAGGUCUGGGUGGAUGAGAAGGAGCAGUGGUUGGAGAGGAUGGAGGUGCCGGAGGAGCUGGAUGAGGUUGAGGUGGUCCAACAUAGGUUUGAGAGCCUGGACCAGGAGAUGAACAGCGUCAUGGGACGGAUCCUGGAUGUCAACCAGGUGGUGCAGCAGUUGGUGGACGGGGGCCACCCCAGCUCGGAGGAGGUCCGCUCCUGCCAGGACCACCUCAACAGCAGGUGGAACCGGGUGGUGGAGCUGGUGGAACGCAAGAAGAGCCAACUCAGCUCUGUCCUGAAGAUCCAGAACUACCUGCUGGAGUGCAGCGAGAUGAAGGCGCAGGUGCGGGAGAAGAGAAAAGCCAUCGAAGCCACGCAAUCGGGCAGCGGCGACCUGGGCGGCGUCUUGGCCUUGCAACGUCGCCUCUCCACCAUGGAGGCCGCUUUGGUGGUCUUGGAACCUCGGUUGGUGGAGCUUCAACAGGAAGGCGAAGCUUUGGCCGCCUCCCACCCCGGGAGGGCCCUGGAGAUCCUGCUGCCCUUCGAGCAGAUCAGCGAAGAGUGGGAGGCCCUCAAGAGGGCUCUCCAAGGUUGCGAGGACUCUUUGACCAUCGCCGGCCGCUUGCAACAGUUCAUCCAAGACUUGGACAACUUCCUCGGUUGGUUGGUGAAGACCCAAGCGGCCGUUGCUUGCCAGGAGGUGCCCGAUAGCCUGAGCGAAGCCGAGAGGUUGCUGAACCACCACGCGGCCCUCAAGGAGGAGAUCAACGGCUACGAGGAGGACUACGCCAAGAUCCAAGCGGCCAGCGACCUCCUGGCCUUGGAGGAGAUGGAGGUGCCCUACCUCUCCUUGCAGCAGUGGUUGCAGAAGCUGGACGCGGGUUGGGGCAAGUUGUUGCAGAGCUGGGAGACGCGGCGGGAGGUGCUGGUGCAAUCGCACGUCUUCCACCUCUUCCUGCGGGACGUCCAACAAUGCCAGACCAGCCUCUACAACCAGGAGUCCGCCCUGGUCCACGCCGAGCUGCCCGACACGGUGGAAGGGGUCACCAACGCCAUCAAGAAGCACAAGGACUUCACCACCACCAUGGAGCUCAACCUGCAGAAGAUCCAACAGACCCUCCAAGCCGGCGAGAGCCUCCAACGGCAGGGCAACCUCUACAGCGACCGCGUGGCCCAGGAGAUGGAGGGGCUUCGCACCAAGAGCCACCGCAACUACGAGCUGGCCCAGGAGUGGAUGCAGCGGCUCAAGGACCAUCUGGAGCUCCAGCGGUUCCUCCAGAACUGCCGGGAGCUGGAUGGUUGGAUCCGGGAGAAGGUGCUGAUGGCGGGGGACCCCUCCCGGGACCCCCCCCCGCGCCCCCCCAAGCCCUGGCUGAAGCACCAGGCCUUCAUGGCCGAGCUGGCGCAGAAUAAAGAGUGGCUGGAGAAGAUCGAGAAGGAAGGUGAAGAACUUCUCCUGGCCAAACCCGAAUUAACCGGCGCCGUUCGGCGCCAACUGGAAGAGCUCCGGCAAUGUUGGGUAGAGUUGGAGACCACCAGCCAAGCCCGGAGCCGGCGGUUGGCGGAAGCCGCCGCUGCCGAGCGCUUGGCACGGAGCUACGCCGACAUGGAGGCACGACUGGGGAGGCUGGAGGAGCAACUGGAGACGGUGGGGGCAGGAGCCGACCUUCUCAGCGUUAGCCGGCAGCUCAAGAGGUUGCAGACGAUGGAGUCGCAGGUGGAGGAGUGGUCCAAGGAGGUGGGGGAGCUGCAGGUGCAGGCGGCGGCGCUGCCGGCGCAGGCAGCGGGCAGGCAGGGGGUGGGCGAACGGCAGAGCGCGGUGGGGCACCGCAUCGUCCGCCUCAUCGAGCCCCUCAAGGAACGGAGGAGAAUCCUCCUGGCCUCCAAGGGUCAUCAGGUCAGCCACGAGCUGGAGGACGAGGUGCUGUGGGUCCAGGACCGCCUGCCCUUGGCCACCCUGAAGGACCACGGCACCAACCUGCAGACGGUCCAGCAGUACAUCAAGAAGAACCAGAACCUCCGCCGGGAGAUCCAGGUCCACCGACCUCGGGUGGACGAGGUGUUGGAACGCGCCGGAGCCGUCGCUUCCAUCAAAAGCCCUGAAGCCGAAGGCGUCCGAAGGCUCCUGGAGCGGUUGGGGACGUUGUGGGGGGAGCUGCAGGAGCAGGCGGAGCGACGGCAGCAGACCUUGGACGCCACCUACCAACUGGAGCAAUACUACUUCGACGUGGCCGAGGUGGAGUCGUGGUUGGGCGAGCAGGAGCUGCUCUUGAUGAGCGAAGAGAAGGGGAAGGAUGAGCAGAGCACCCUCCAACUCCUCAAGAAGCACCUCUUGACGGAGCAGACGGUGGAGAACUACGAGGAGACCAUCGCCCAACUCUCCCGCCAGUGCCGGGCCCUUCUGGAACUUGGCCACCCUCAAAGCGAACAGGUCAGCAGGCGGCAGUCGCAGGUUGACCGGCUGUACGUGUCUCUGAAGGACCUGGUGGAGGAACGCAAGGCCAAGCUGGAGCAGCAAUACUGGCUCUACCAGCUCAACCGGGAGGUGGACGAGCUGGAGCACUGGAUCGCCGAGAAGGAGGUGGUGGCCGGCUCCCCCGAGCUGGGACAGGACUUCGAACACGUCACGUUGCUCCAGGAGAAGUUCCUGGAGUUCGCCAGCGAGACGGGCAGCGUGGGGCAGGAGCGAAUCGCCGCCGUCAACCAAAUGGUGGAUGAGUUGAUCGACUACGGCCACGCCGACGCCGCCACCAUCGCCGAAUGGAAGGACGGGGUGAACGAAGCUUGGGCAGAUCUUCUGGAGCUGAUGGAGACCCGGGCGCAGAUGUUGGCGGCUUCUCACGAAUUGCACAAGUUCUUCAACGAUUGCAAAGAGGUUUUGGGGCAAAUCGAGGAAAAAAGGCAACGCCUGCCUGAACUGGCAGCCCGGGAAGGCAGGACGUCGGCCGGCGCCUUGCAACGGGCGUUGGGUGCCUUCGAGCACGACGUGGAGGUGUUGGUGACCCAAGUGCGGCAGCUACAAGAGGGUGCGGCACAGUUGAGGACGCUCUACGCCGGGGACAACGCCGAGGCCAUCGCCGGGAGGGAGCAGGAGGUUCUACGGGCGUGGAAGGAGCUGUUGGCGGCGUGCGAGGAGUGUCGGCUCCAUGUCGCCAGCGUGGCCGAUAAGAUCCGCUUUGUCGGCACCGUGAGGGACCUUCUCGCCUGGAUGGACGGCGUCCUCUGCCAGAUCGGCGCCGGAGAGAAGCCCAGGGACGUCUCCUCGGUGGAGCUGCUGAUGAACGACCACCAGGGUCUCAAGAACGAGAUCGAAGCCCGUGGCAAGAGCAUCGCUGCCUGCCUGGAGCUGGGCAAGACCCUCAUCCUCAGCAAGAGCCCGGCGGCCGACGAGAUCAAAGCCCACGUGGAGAAGCUGCUGGCCAAGAAGAAGGAGAUGAUGGAGAAGUGGGACAAGCACUGGGAGUGGUUGCAACAGAUGCUGGAGGUGCACCAGUUCGCCCAGGAGGCGGUGGUGGCCGACGCCUGGCUGACGGCCCAGGAGCCCCUGCUGAAGAGCCAGGAGUUGGGCAGCAGCGUGGACGAGGUGGAACAGUUGAUCCGAAGGCACGAAGCGUUCCGGAAAGCGGCCGCCGCGUGGGAGGAGAGGUUCAGCUCCCUCCGACGCCUCACCACGAUCGAGAAGCUGAAGGCCGAGCAGAACAAGCAGCCGCCGACGCCCCUCCUCAGCCGCAAAUUUUUGGGGGAACCCCCGGGGGGGGGGACAACGCCGUCACCGGGGGGCACCGAGCGCCCCGAAAGCCGCCGCCUGGAGCCCCGUGUCGCCUACGUGCGCCACGAGCUCCGGCCCGAGCGCCUGCAGCCCAAGCUUGACCGCGUCCAGGCACCUCCCGGUGACGGCGGGGCCGGGGGGGAGCCACCCCCCGCCACCGCUGCCACCGAGCCCCCAGCGCCCCCCAAAACCGAGGAGAGCGGGGAGGGGAGGACGGGGCUGCUGGAACGGCGCCGGGAACGACGCGAGCGGCGGUUGGAGCGGCAGGAAUCCAGCGAGCCGGAGCCGCCGCGCCACGAAGGCAAAGGCGGCGGCAAAGCCACGUUGGCUGACAUCGUGGAGCAGCUGCAGGAGAAGGAGGCUGGUGGCCCCUUGCCAGCUCCGCCCCGGGAGCGGGAGUCCCCCGCCCGCUUGCCCACCGGUCCUGAGGGGCUACCGGAACGGAUGCCGCGCCCCGACCGUCCCCGCGCCCGGGACCGUCCCAAACCCCGCCGACGCCCGCGACCCAAAGACACCUCCCAGGGCCCGGGGGAGACGCGGAGGUCAAGGUCGGCCCCGGCGCAGGGCAGCGCCCCCCGCCCCCCGCCGCCCCCCACCCACACGGUGCAGCACGAGGGCUUCCUCUUCCGCAAGCACGAGCUCGAUGGCCCCAACAAGAAGGCGUCCAACAGAUCCUGGGUGAACCUCUACUGCGUCCUGAGCAAGGGUGACCUCGGCUUCUACAAGGACGCCAAGGGACAAGCGGCCGGGACCACCCACGGUGGUGAACCCCUCCUCAACCUCCACCACUCCACCAGCGAGGUGGCCAGCGACUACAAGAAGAAGAAGAACGUCUUCAAGCUCAAGACCAGCGAUGGCAGCGAGUUCCUCCUGCAAGCCAAGGACGAGGAGGACAUGCGGGGGUGGCUGAAGGCGCUGGCCACCUGCGCCCAGGAACACGCCGAGGUGGCCCGGUGGAGCCAAGGUCUUCUCACCACCUCCUCCACCGACGAGGGCCUCCCCCGGCGGGAGGGCGACCGGCGCCCCAGCACCUCGGGGAGGCGGAAGUGAACCCCCCCCCCCCCCCAAACCCCCCCCCAUUUCUGGGGGGGGGACACCCCCCC